AUGGCGUCCCAAGAUCCGACACGGCCGUCGAAUGACACAGACCGAAACGACGAAGAGUCGACCCUUCUGACCGGCCAACGGGUCGAUCGUAACAUCGAUAAUGACUCUAGUCGUGGCCCUCAAUUCUGGCGUCAAGUCGGGUUGUUUACCUGGGCUCUCGUUGCUACUGCUGCGGUGAUUGUCCUGGCAAUCGUUUACCAGCAUGAUCACUCAGUCGGCAAAGACCCUCACAAGGCCAGGCAUACGGGGAAGAGGAACAUGAUAUUCAUGGUAUCGGAUGGAAUGGGGCCUACCAGCUUAUCCAUGACACGAUCAUUCAGACAACACGUUGAAAACGUCCCCAUCGAUAACAUUCUUACCUUGGAUAAACACCAUAUCGGAUCAUCGAGAACAAGGUCUUCGAGUAGCUUGGUAACGGACUCAGCCGCUGGUGCUACCGCGUUUGCUUGUGGAAUGAAGAGUUAUAACGGUGCCAUUUCUGUUCUCCCCGACCACACCCCUUGCGGAACCGUUCUAGAAGCCGCCAAAGCCGCCGGUUAUUUGACCGGUUUGGUCGUUACGACACGAAUUACGGAUGCCACGCCUGCCUGUUUCUCGUCCCACGUAAACAUCCGUGGCUAUGAAGACUUGAUUGCUGAACAUCAGCUUGGUGAAUACCCCCUUGGUGUGCAGGUUGAUCUUAUUAUGGGAGGAGGCAGGUGCCACUUCCUACCCAACUCUACUGCUGGCAGUUGCCGUGCCGAUGAUAAGGAUUUGGUCAAGCUUGCAAAGUCCAAGGGUUUCAACUACUUUGAUGACCGCAAAGGAUUUGAUGCUUUGAAGAAGGGAAAGGCCGCGAAACUACCACUGCUUGGACUCUUGGCCCCUACUGACAUCCCAUAUGAAAUUGAUCGUCAUUUCCGCAAUGAUGAGUUCCCAUCCUUGGAAGAGAUGACCCGCACCGCACUCAAGACCUUGAGUGAUGCGACCAAAGACAGCGAACACGGUUUCUUCAUUAUGAUUGAAGGUUCCCGAAUUGAUCAUGCUGGCCACGGUAACGAUCCAGCUGCACAGGUCCACGAAGUUUUGGCAUACGAUAAAGCAUUUGCUGCUGUUCUGGAAUUCCUAGAAAAGGACUCUACCCCAGGUGUGCUCGUCAGUACAUCUGAUCACGAAACCGGAGGUCUGGCUGCCGCAAGACAGCUCCACCAGAGCUACCCAGAGUACAGAUGGCUGCCAGACGCCCUUGCAAACGCCACCCAUUCUUCCGAGUAUCUCGAGCCCAAGCUUAAUGCCUACCUUGAGGGACAGGGACAUGAUCAUUCCCGAGACAAGAAACGCGAAUAUAUUCGCGAAAAGCUUAUCAAGGCCGACCUUGGAAUUCUCGAUGUCACCGAUGCAGAGAUUGAUCGUCUUAUCGACAACACCGCCAACCCAGCCGCUUAUCUCUUUGCAGACCUGGUCAGCCGCAGAGCUCAAAUUGGCUGGAGCACCCAUGGUCACUCUGCGGCUGAUGUUAGCAUCUUUGCCUCGUCGCCUCACGACGCUAUCCCAUUGGUUGGUAACCACGAGAACACCGAAGUAGGAGGUUUCAUUGCCACCUAUCUCGAUCUCGACUUGGACGCUAUCACCCAGAAACUGAAGGGUGUCAAGACUAAACCCUCUACCAGCAGCGAGGGUGCCACCCCUGACUACUCAUGGAUGGGUAAGCCACUCGACAAGGAUGUGGUUGUCGAUGAGCUAGACACCUACCACGGUGACUUUAAGCGCCGACUGAGAAAGAGAGGCGCUGAUGAGGCCGUUCACGUCGAACGCUCUAGCUGCGGAUGUGAUGGCCAUUAA